GACCCGUUCUCAAAAAAAAAAAAAAAAGCUGGAAAAUGACCUUAUAAGAAAGUUUACAUUAAUAUUGAAGUGGUUGUAAUUUAAAAUAUCACAUGGUCCUCAGGCGCUCAGAGGACAGGCGGCUACAGACGUAAUGGCACUCAGGACCGCUAGGGGACGGUCGAGGAGUGCGCACCGUGCUUACGCAUGCGCACACACGCAGCGGUUACGCGCACACCGAGAUUCGCGCAUGCGCACGUUCCGCGUACCGCAGUAAAGUGCAGUGACUCUCAUCUCCGUAGAAACGCUCAGACUAUGGCGGAGCCGACUGGGCUGUCGGAGAUGUCCGAGCUCCCCGGAGACAGCAGCGUCCCACAGGUGGGCACAGCGAGUGGCGUCAGCGACGUACUGCAGGGGGCAGUCGGCGGCGGGGGGCGGGCGCAGGAGGCCGGGGAAGGCCCAGUGGCCGAAGCUGCGCGGUCCAUGGCACGGGUGCCGGGCCCCGUGCCCGGGCCCAUCCCCAGCGGCGUUCCGGGUCUGGCGUCCGCGCCAGACCCCAAUCAGCAGCUCGGUUUCCUAGGAAUUAACCAGCACCUGUUGUUCCGCGAGUAUCUGGAUAGUAGCUCCAUGAUCCCGGUCAGAUUACUACGGGAUUUCGAGGAACGCCGCAGGCUGUUCGUGGAAGGCUGCAAGGCGAGGGAAGCAGCCUUUGACGCGGAUCCCCCGCAGAUGGACUUCGCGGCUGUCGCCUUUGCAGUAGCGCUGACUGCCUCCGAGACGCUCAGUCCUCUGGCCGACUGAGUCGGCUGUGAUGACGAGAUUGGUGGCAAGGAAUAGCUAAGUGACUGUUUUCGGAUCAAAAGAACAGGCUGUGACAGUUUAAACUGAGUCAGUUAAACUCAGUUUAAUGACUGAGUUAGGGGGAAUGCAAACUGGAAGGGAAUACGGCAAUGUGCAAUUGAAGGAGGAAGCACACUUCGAAAUGAAAACAGAUAAGACUGUUGAAUAUUGUUUUCCUUCUUCUUUUUUAAUAUUAUUUAAAUAGAGAUGGGAGUCUCGUGAUGUUCCCUAGUCUAGUCCCGAACUCUUGGACCCAAGCGAUCCUCCCGCUUUGGCCUCCCAAAGUGUUGGGAUUAUUUUACAGGCGUGAGCCACCGCGCCUGGCCGAAUCUUGUUUUCAAAGAGGUCCCAAGACACUUCUGACUUUGCACUUUGUUAGCAAUGCUUUUUCCUGCAUUUGUGGAGAAUCCUUCAAGAUUGUUUCACCAUAAAGGAUGGUUUUGCAAAGAUCUGAGAAAAAAAUGCUAAUAAUAGAAUUCAUAAAAGUGAGAUAAAGUAAUGAAAGAAAACAAAUAACAGUUGUCAGGAAUCCAGGUGUAUCUGAGUUACUAGGAUUGGAAGGCUAUUGAGAGGACUUUGAAAUUUCACAAUUUGUGGUGAUGUCAUGUCAACAAAUCCUAGUGUAAGAUUCUCAUUUGUAUUUUCUGAGAUACUUUAGAUGAAUAGCAAAUAUUCAGUAGGAAAAGCCACGUAUUUAUUAUAUGAUCAUUGUUUUCAAGUCUAUGUGAAAUUUAAUGGCUGUGGAAAUAAACUUGUUUUUUGUUAAUUUUAAGCUUAUUUUAUUCUAGAAUAUGUAUUCUAUUCACAAGACUCAACCAAAAAAAAGUAUCAAAAGAUGCUGUGAAGAAUCUCUUAUUGCUGUCCUCUGCCAAACUCAAAACUAUUCCAUACAGGUGUCAUUGCUUGUGGUUUGGGAUUUUGUUGUUUUCUUGGUUUUGCUUUUUUGCUGUAUGUCUUUUGACAGUUUUCUAAUGCAUAUGCAAAUAAACAUCAAUCUAAAUAU